UCUGAUCCUGGACGUACAAAAUUAUUUUUGUGUUCUGACGCUGUUUCGCUCGGCAUUGAAUUGGAUGAAUCUGUUAGGCUAUGGAAUGUCCAUAGAGGGAUCUGCAUCUUGAUUUUUGCUGGAGCAGGAGGUCACCGGAAUGAAGUUUUGAGUGUUGACUUCCACCCUAGUGAUAUUAAUCGUUUUGCAAGUUGUGGCAUGGACCAUACUGUGAAAAUCUGGUCGAUGAAAGAAUUUUGGCCAUAUGUUGACAAAUCAUAUUCAUGGAUUGACCUUCCAUCCAAGUUUCCAACAAAAUAUGUACAGUUUCCGGUCUUGAUUGCUGCAGUACACUCUAACUAUGUUGAUUGUACUAGGUGGCUUGCUGACUUCAUCCUGUCAAAGAAGUACCCUGUGCCAGAGUGUGACAUCUGGUUUAUCAAAUUUUCACGUGAUUUUCACUUCAAUCAAUUGGCAAUAGGCAACCGUGAAGGUAAAAGUCUAUGUCUGGGAAGUACAGUCCAGCCCACCUGUUAUAACUCAGAUGCACACAACCCAAAGUAG